AUGACCUCGGACCCCGAGAAAUCCGGCCUUGAGUCGGCGGCCCGGCCGAUCAGCACCUCGUCGCCUUCUCGCGUAUCCACUUCUUCCACGGCACGCAAUGCUGGCGACCACGUUGAGGAGGCGCGCCGCAGCAACCCCAAUGGCACUACAAGAGCGGAGGGCAUCUCGGUUGAACAGGCCGAAGCCGAUUUCGCUGACCUUCAGCGCGAACUCUCACAUUUAUCGCGUGCUAGCCAGCGCCGCAACGCUAAGAGUGACGAAAAGGGCGAAAAGGGCGAAAAGGGCGGCGUUGAAGCUGGGUCCGCUGCAUCCGAAGAGACGUUUGAGCAGUUUGACUUGGAAGCUGUUCUAAGAGGCGACUUGGAUGCUGAGAGGGAGGCCGGCAUCCGACCGAAGCAUAUCGGCGUUUACUGGGACGGCUUGACUGUCAAAGGCGUUGGCGGCCAGACGAACUAUGUCAAGACGUUUCCGGAUGCAUUUAUCGACUUUUUCGACAUCAUCACGCCCAUCCGACGGAUGCUUGGUUUCGGCAAGAAAGGCACCGAAUCUACCAUCCUGAACGAAUUUCGGGGUGUCUGCAAGCCUGGGGAGAUGGUUCUGGUUCUGGGAAAGCCCGGAUCUGGCUGCACCACUUUCCUCAAGACCAUCGCUAACCAGCGCUUCGGUUAUACUGGUGUCACCGGUGAGGUUUUGUACGGGCCCUUUGACGCCAAGGGGUUCCGGCAGUAUCGCGGGGAGGCACUCUACAACGAGGAGGACGAUGUUCACCACCCUACGCUUACUGUCGAGCAGACGCUCGGGUUUGCGCUCGACGUCAAAAUUCCAGGCAAGCUGCCCAACGGUAUCAAUAGACAGCAGUUCAAGGAAAAGGUCGUCACUAUGCUUCUGAAGAUGUUCAACAUUGAGCACACUCGCAAGACCAUUGUCGGUAACCCGUUUGUCCGGGGCGUUUCUGGUGGCGAGAGGAAGCGAGUCUCAAUCGCCGAGAUGCUUAUCAGCAACGCCUGCAUUCUUUCCUGGGACAACAGCACCCGUGGCUUGGAUGCCUCAACGGCCUUGGACUUUAUGAAGUCUCUCCGCGUUCAAACCAAUCUGUACAAGACUAGCACAUUCGUUUCGCUGUACCAGGCCUCUGAGAAUAUCUACAAUUUGUUCGACAAGGUGAUGGUCAUCGAUGAGGGCAGGCAGGUGUACUUCGGCCCGGCAUCCGAAGCGCGAGCAUAUUUUGAGGGACUUGGCUUCCUCCCCAGGCCGCGGCAGACUACACCAGACUAUGUCACCGGAUGUACAGAUGCGUAUGAACGCAAAUACCAGGAGGGAAAAUCCGCCGAGAACGCCCCGAACAGCCCGGCCACCCUGGAAGCCGCUUUCAAGGAGUCCCGAUUCUCCAAGGACCUGGACGAAGAGAUGUCAGCAUACAAGAAGAACCUGGCGGAGGAGGCUGAUCGGUACGAAGACUUCCGGGUAGCCGUCCGUGAGCAGAAGCGCCGUGGCACCUCCAAGAAAUCGCCCUACUCGGUCGGAUUUCACUCCCAGGUGUGGGCGCUCAUGAAGCGCCAGUUUCUACUCAAGAAGCAGGAUGUCUUGGCCCUCGUCCUCUCCUGGCUGCGGAACAUCAUCAUCGCCAUCGUCCUCGGUACUCUCUACUUGAAUCUCGGUCAUACAUCCGCCAGCGCGUUCAGCAAGGGUGGUCUGUUGUUCAUCGCCCUGCUCCACAACAUCUUUAGCGCCUUCUCCGAACUCGCCGGGACCAUGACGGGCCGCGCAGUGGUCAACAAGCACCGCGCUUAUGCUUUUCACCGGCCGUCAGCGCUUUGGAUUGCUCAGAUCUUUGUUGAUCAGAUCUUUGCUGCGACACAGAUUAUGGUGUUUUCGCUCAUCGUCUACUUCAUGACCAACCUGGCUCGUGACGCCGGCGCAUUCUUCACCUUCUACCUGUUGCUCUUGUCCGCCAACAUGUCCAUGACCCUUUUCUUCCGUAUCUUGGGCUGCAUCAGCCCAGACUUUGACUAUGCCGUCAAGUUUGCGACCGUCAGCAUCACGCUGAUGAUUACCACAGCCGGUUAUUUGAUCCAAUACCAAUCGGAAAAAGUGUGGUUGCGGUGGAUUUACUACAUCAACGUUGUCGGUCUCUCAUUUAGUGCCUUGAUGGAGAACGAAUUUUCACGCUCCACGAUGACCUGCACGGCCGAGUCUCUCAUCCCCGCUGGUCCAGAGUACACGGAUAUCAAUCACCAAGUCUGCACUCUCGCCGGCAGCAACCCAGGCACCCUCGAAAUAUCCGGUAACGAUUAUAUCGAACAAGGGUUCUCGUACCUGCCAGGUCAACUUUGGCGUGACUGGGGCAUUGUUGUCGCCAUUAUUGUCUUCUUCCUCAUAUUGAACGUCGUCGCCGGCGAGUUUGUCCGGCACGGGAUGGGCGGAAACCAGGCUAAGGUGUUCCAGAAGCCAAACGCGGAGCGCAAGGCCCUGAACGACGAGCUGCUCCGGAAGCGAGACGAGAAGCGUCGAACGGGAGCGGAGGAGUCGGACUCAUCGGACCUUAACAUCAAGUCGGAAAGCAUCCUCACCUGGGAAAAUUUGUGCUACGAGGUUCCCGUUCCCGGCGGGACGCGGCAACUGCUAGAUCACGUUUUUGGGUAUGUCAAGCCGGGCCAGCUGACAGCGUUGAUGGGUGCGUCUGGCGCUGGCAAGACGACGUUGUUGGACGUGUUGGCCGCCCGCAAGAAUAUCGGUGUUAUCUCCGGGGAUAUCCAAGUGGAUGGCGUCCGGCCGGGCAAGGAAUUCCAACGCGGUACCUCAUAUGCGGAACAGCUCGACAUCCACGAUCCAACGCAGACAAUCCGGGAGGCCCUGCGAUUCUCGGCCGACCUGCGUCAACCUUAUGACACUCCACGCGAGGAGAAGUACCGUUACGUCGAGGAGAUCAUUGCGCUCUUGGAGAUGGACACGUUUGCGGAUGCUAUGAUCGGUUCGCCCGAAGCUGGUCUCACGGUUGAACAACGGAAGCGUGUCACGAUCGGCGUCGAACUCGCAGCCAAGCCGGAACUACUGCUUUUCCUUGACGAACCGACAUCUGGGCUUGACAGCCAAAGCGCGUUCAACAUCGUCCGGUUUCUCAAGAAGCUCGCUGCGGCGGGCCAGGCAAUUCUCUGUACCAUUCACCAACCGAACGCGGCGCUGUUUGAGAACUUUGACCGGCUGUUGCUACUCAAGUCGGGCGGGCGCUGCGUCUACUUUGGCGACAUCGGCAAGGAUGCCUGCGUCCUGCGCGACUAUCUCACGCGGUACGGCGCUGAGCCCCGGGAGACAGACAACGUGGCUGAGUUCAUGCUCGAGGCCAUCGGUGCCGGCAGUUCACCGCGUAUCGGCAACCGAGACUGGGGCGAUAUCUGGGUUGACAGUCCCGAAUUUGUCCAAGUCCAGGCCGAGAUUUCGCGGAUGAAGGAACAACGCAAAGAAGCCGGCGCCCAGCGUAACCCGGAUCUCGAGAGGGAAUACGCCUCGCCGCUCUGGCACCAGCUCCGCGUUGUCAUCCGACGCGCUAACCUGGCCCACUGGCGCAUGCCCAACUACCUCUUCACCCGACUUUUCAACCACUUCGUCAUCGCCCUGCUGACGGGUCUGACGUACCUCAACCUCGACAACUCGCGCCAGUCGCUGCAGUACAAGGUGUUUGUCAUGUUCCAGGUGACCGUGCUGCCGGCCCUGAUCAUCUCCCAGAUCGAGGUCAUGUACCACGUCAAGCGUGCUAUGUUCUUCCGCGAGCAGUCCAGCAAGAUGUACAGCACCUUCGUCUUCUCCACCUCCCUCCUCGUCGCUGAGAUGCCCUACAGCAUUCUCUGCGCCGUCGCCUUCUUCCUACCACUGUACUACAUGCCCGGCUUGCAAGCCGAAUCCUCCCGGGCCGGCUACCAGUUCCUCAUCAUCCUGAUCACCGAGAUCUUCUCCGUCACCCUCGGCCAGGCCCUAUCAGCCCUCACCCCGUCCCUGUUCAUCUCCUCGCAGUUCGAUCCCUUCAUCUUCGUCACCUUCUCGCUCUUCUGCGGCGUCACCAUCCCCGCGCCGCAGAUGCCGGCCGGCUACCGCACCUGGUUGUACGAGCUGAACCCCUUCACUCGAUUGAUUGGUGGGAUGGUGGUUACGGCGCUGCAUGAGCUGCCGGUGGAGUGUGCGCCGGAAGAGCUGAACCGGUUUAUUGCGCCGCCGGAGAGUGAGUCGUGCGGGAGUUAUAUGCGGGCAUUCUUUGAAAAUGGCGGGCCCGGGUAUUUGGUGGAUAGUAAUGCGACAAGCAAUUGCGAGUAUUGUGCGUUUAAGGUGGGGGAUGAGUUUUAUGAGCCUUUGGGGUUGAGCUUUGACAAUCGGUGGCGGGAUUUGGGGAUCUAUAUUGCCUUUAUUGGGAGUAACUUGAUCCUUUUGUUCGUUGCGAGCCGAUACCUCAACUAUAACAGGCGGUAA